UCCAACCGCCAGAAAACACUGGAGAAGAAAAAACCGCUGCUCGUCUGAGCCGCUUUAGCCCCUCGAGUUAUAAAAAUAAAAAUACGUUAUUGUGUCUGGCUCUGAGGAUUUAAAACCCUUUAGCCCCUCGAGUUAUAAAAAUAAAAACACAUUAUUGUGUCUGGCUCUGAGGAUUUAAAACCCUGAGCUGUGUGAGGACAUGAAAACAGAGACAUCCAUGGAUGGAGAGACCUCAGAAGCCUGUGUGAAGAAAGAGGAGACGCUGGAGCUGAAUAUCUACAGCUAUGGAGACGAUCUCGACAACCCACCUGAAGGUCUCUCCGUUAAAGUGGAAGAUCCUGACGAUAAAGACUAUCUCUACUGUGAAGUUUGCAAAUCCUUCUUCCUCAACAAAUGCGAGGUUCAUGGACCACCCCUCUUCAUCCCCGAUACUCCUGUUCCCAUGGGAGUCCCUGACCGAGCCAGACAAACACUUCCUCCUGGGCUAGAAAUCCAGAAGUCCAGUAUUCCUGAUGCAGGCCUAGGAGUGUUUAAUAAGGGGGAGACUGUUCCAGUAGGUGCACACUUCGGCCCCUGCCAGGGAGAGCUGGUGAACCGAGAGGAAGCCAAGAACAGUGGAGACUCCUCGGUUAUGAUAUGUGGAGUAGUGGUGUAAAUCGCAAGUUUGAGCACAAUGCGGUCCGACAUCGGUUCUUUUAGCCAGUGUGGUGGAACUUGCCUGUUAAUAAAAAUACUAGUAACACCUCA